AUGGAACCAUUAAAGGCAUACAAUUAUCAACAUAUUUUUAAUAAAGUAUUGAAUAAAAGAUUGAAAUAUGUAUUGAAUGUAAACCUAAUAUGGUCUGUUACACUAAAUGUUGUUUACAAUCUUAUGCCAUUUACUAGUGGAUCAUCUUCGUAUGGCUCCAGUUUUUUGAGUUUUCUAUGUGUUAAAUUGCCAGUGUUUUUUAUUGCAUUAACCAUUAUUCGUCAAUUGCGUAAAAAGACUUUGACUGUUGAUUAUUCGAAUCACAAGACAUUGGGGUCACAGAUUUAUUAUUCCAUUAUUUCAUCUAAUUUUUUGAUUAAUUGGUUUGGGUAUUAUUUGUCAAUUUUUUUAAUAUAUUCUGUUUUGUUGAUUUUUAAUUUCGAUUUCACAUUGGACUACUAUUUAUUAUCAAAAGAAUAUAGAAGAUAUCCGUUGAUUAAUGAUGAAUGGGUAUAUUUCUGGUAUCAGGUUGCAUUUAUUUCAUUCUUGUACACUUGUAAUCAAUUGAUUUUCCAAAGACAAAGAUUGAAUUUCCAAUUUGGUGUUAAGAGAAACAAUCCAGAAAAUUAUUUAUUCAAACACCUCCCUAUUUUACUUGGUAAUUCAUUUGGCUUGAAUUUAUUUAUCAUUAUUUUAUCACCAUUGACUUAUUGGAUAUUGAAAUAUUAUAUUUAUAAAAGUUUCACAUUGAUCACUUUGAUCUUAGGUUUGGAUACUGCAAUCCCUCCAUUCAAUACAUCUUUAAGUACUUUCAUAAAACUCGGGUAUUCAUCAUUUUUCUUAAUUUUGAGUUGGGAAGUGGCCAAUCACGCUUUUAAUGUUUAUGCAACAAUUGGAUGUCUUGAUGGAAAGAAACCAAUUUCGACUUACAGUGCUGAUCCAAUCCAGUGUUUAUUAUCAGGUUUGAGAGACGUUGAUCCAAAAUUCCAAUUGAGUAGAUUGACUGCUUUCCAAGAGUUGGCUUAUUUGGCCACCAGUUCAGAUAAAGAAGCAGUCAAGUUAAGAAUACAAUUAUUCAGUGCUAGAUCCAAGAAAACCCAUGUUUGGCCGGCUAUUUUUGAAGAAUGUUCAUUGAUAAUUCAAGAAACUACUGAUCGUAUAAAUUAUAGAAGUUCAAACGAUUUAGCUGCUUUAAAAGCUGUUCAACUUGGAAUUAAGAAUGAUAUUAAUGUUGGAUUUAAAAAGGAUAAUGAUAUUUUUGGAAAUUCUUUUAUUUCUUCUCCAAGUAAAUCACCUGAAGUUAUGAAGAAAUUCCAACCUGAAUCAAAAGAAACACCAAAGAGUCCAAAUAAAUGGAUUGAAGUGAUUAAUCAACAAGUAAUCGUUCCAGCAAAAUCUUUAAUUGCCUCAUUCAGUACUCAGUAUUUCAAACCACAUGGAAUUAAAUUCGAUUAUUCCAAAUAUAUGAAAACAUAUUAUGAAUAUAGAAACAAGUUUUUAGAAACUUCAUUUGGUAUAUUUUUCAGAACAACAUUAAAAAGAGAUGGUGAAUCAAGAGUUAUCAAUCCAGUUAAUUUUGGAAAUGCAAUUAUUUCAAUUUCAAACCUCGUACAAUUUUCAACUGAAGAAGGUAUAAAUGAUGAUGUUUGUAAACUUUUGAAUUUGUUAGAACAUCCAAUUAGAGCAUCAACAAAUUAUAUUGAUUAUUUACCUGCUUCAAUUUAUUUAACUUCUUAUCAAAAGGAAAAUUCAAAUUAUAAAAGAAAUUUAUUAAUUGGAAUUUUACAUGAUUUGGCAAUUCAUGAAUUUUAUCAAAUUUGUAUUAAAUUCAAUGGUAAAUUGAAUGAUUUAAUCUUGACUCCAAGGACAUAUAAAUUGGCUAAAUGGGUUAUUGAUAAAGAAAUUGCCAUUCAACAAGAAAAACAACAACAACAACAACAACAACAACAACAACAACGUCGAAAAGCAUUGUAA